GGCUGCGUUGAGGUAAGCGGCGGCGGCUCUUCCUGUUUCCGGCGCCUGGCGCUGGGUGUCAGGAAGCUGGAAGUGUAAACAGAGAGAGGCGGCUGCAACAUGGCGGGGAUAAAAGCACUCGUUGCAUUAUCUUUCAGUGGAGCCGUUGGUCUGACAUUUCUCAUGCUUGGAUGUGCCUUAGAAAGUUAUAGAGUUUACUGGCCUCUGUUUGUUUUGAUAUUCUACGUCAUCAGUCCCAUUCCACACUUUAUCGCCACGAGACUCAGCGAUGACAGCGACGCAGCCAGCAGUGCCUGUCGGGAACUGGCAUACUUUUUCACCACUGGAAUUGUAGUUUCGGCAUUUGGCCUUCCCAUCAUACUGGCCAGAAUAAAACUGAUCCUCUGGGGAGCCUGUGGCCUGGUCCUCGCCGGAAACGCUGUGAUCUUUUGCACAAUCCUUGGAUUUUUCAUCGUCUUUGGAAGAGGGGACGACUUUAGUUGGGAGCAGUGGUAAAACGCCAGCUGUGCCCCUCCCUUUUAUUGUACAGACAGCUCCAGGCUGAUCCUGUGUAUGUGUAUAUAUACAUCCCCUGUAUAGUAAUCAGGGCCUAAUUCUCUUGUAUAUGAAACGUGUGAAAGGCUGAAGAACUUCGCAGAAUCGCCUCUUUUUUCAUUUCCACGUUUGUUUAGCUCUGUGACUUUUUUUGUUUUCUGUCAUGAUAAACGCACUUUGAGAACCACACGUGUCCCACACAUGCUUUCCAGAGCUGCUUCUAGUUUAAAGGAGUCCUUUUAUAUUUCCAACGCUUAGAUGUUGCAGUCUCUGGCUUUCUCUUAAUAUUUAUUUUUUACUUAUGCACUUUGAAAGGAUUGUAACCCUUCAAAUAAAAAAAAUUAUCUCUAGAAA